UUCCCGCCGAAGCAGGCAGUUUAGUUUUACUUUCCUUUCCACUGAAUUGUGAUCAUCGCGAUCAUGCACCUCAAUGAGAAUAAAAAUCAUAUAUGGGCGUGUGCCCUGUGUUUCUUGUUGUCACUGACCUGCGUGCAAGGACGCGUUGGUCUGGGACCUGGAGUGCAGGAUUGGGACUAUGUGGAAGUUCGGGAGGGGGCUCACCUCUUUUACUGGCUGCUGUACACCACGGCCAAUGUGACUCAUUUCACUGAGCGGCCGCUCGUGAUCUGGCUGCAAGGGGGGCCCGGAGUGGCCUCCACCGGCAGCGGGAUCUUCGAGCAGUUGGGGCCCAUCGACAUCGAGGGAAGGACGCGGGACAGCAGUUGGGUGGAGCACGUGAAUGUUCUGUUUGUGGACAGUCCGGUGGGCACGGGAUUCGCUUACGUGGAGCAGCACGGCCGGUAUGCCAGGAACAACAGGCAGAUUGCCCUCGAUCUCGUCGAGUUGAUGAAGCAGUUUCUGAAGAAGUAUCCCGAUUUCCGAAAGGUGCCCCUGCAUAUAUUCUCCGAGAGCUAUGGCGGAAAAAUGGCUCCCGAAUUCGCGCUGGAACUGCAUUUGGCCAGAAAAAGGGACGGCUUGGAGUGCGAACUGAAGUCAGUGGUGGUGGGCAAUCCCUGGACCUCUCCACUGGACAGCAUUUUGUCAUAUGCCCCCUUUCUGCUCCAAUCGGGCAUUGUGGAUGAUGACGGUUAUCGUCGCAUUUCGCGAUUGGCCGGCGAAUUAGCAACACUUGUUUAUGGCAGGAAGUGGUUACGCGCCUUGAUAAAGGGCACCGAAGUUCAGGAUGAGAUUGCCACCAGUGCGGGCGGCGUCUUUCUCUACAACACCCAGCGACGGGUGCACGUGGACGAGGUCUACCGGUACGGCGAAGACCCGCAAAUGAGCAACUUCAUGCGGUCCAACGUGACUAAGGCUCUGGGACUCGCCGAUAUGCCUGUGUGGAUGGAACAAAACUCCACAGUCUUCGAACGACUCAGUCAGGAUAUUUUUAAGCCAGCGAAUCAUAUUGUUACCAAAUUGCUUGAGGAGACGCCGAUACAGGUGGGCAUUUACUCGGGCAUCCUUGACCUACUGUGCGCAACGCCCGGCACCGUAAACUGGAUUCGCCGACUGAAGUGGAGCCGCAGUUCGGAGUAUGCCAAGGCACCCCGGACCGCCAUUCGGAUCGACGGGAUGCUGGAGGGGUACGAGAAGCACGGCGGACGACUCAGUAUGUUCUGGGUCUUUCGGGCGGGACAUCUGGUACAGCAGGACAACCCAGCGGCCAUGGCGUAUAUUCUAAGGUACUUCACCAGCUAUGGGUAGUGUACCAGUUCUUUGGAAUAAAAUUGCAGA